CAGCUGCUGGGGGAGCUUCACUUUGGCUACUCUCUGUACCCAUAAAGUAGUCUCUUUCCAAGAGUUCUCCCGGACUCCUUCACCUUCGCCUACGCUCUCUGGCGGGCAGUUCUGCAAACCCAAACCGCCAGACCAGGCCAGGGAGGUUCUGGGGCCUGGAGGUAGUAACCGAGGUAGAAAUAAAUGGAGACCCUCCAGGGCGCGCUCACCUCACCUAACGCUGCCUCACCUCCCCCGUGGCCUCGGCGCCCCUUCCUAAGUGGUCAGUUUCUCUUCCGCCCUGCGGGCUCUCCUGGCCCACCACCUGCGUCGGCCGGGACGCAUCCAGGGUCUCUACCCUUCGCUUCCUCCUGCGUCCCCUUCUUCCACGAGCACCCCAGCUUCCUCUGGCUCUCACCUGAACCCCGAAGCGUAGUGUCUUCUCUCUGGACUAAAGCGGAACUGAGAACCGGUGGAAAAGCCCCGCGCCUAGGCUGCAAGGCACUGGCUUAACAAGUCCAAAGGUUAGGUGAAGUUUGGCUGAUAAGCAGAACCAGUAAAAGAAGGUCUCUAGCCCCCCAGCGUGAGUACAAUGGACCCUGGCAAAGCCCCGCUCCCGGCCCAGGUCUUCUGCUCUCCAGGUCUGCCCCUCCGGCUCUCCUUCUCUCCGGGUUUCCCCCUCCCCACCAUCAUUUGCAUCCAGCCGAAAGCUGGGCCCUUCCCACUAAUUUGCAUAUCUUAUAUGGCCUAAUGGUGGCGAUCAUGGCAAGUUAGAAGUUUUCUGACUCUUUUCGGAGGAGCCUCCGGGACCCCAGGGAGUAGCAGGUGUCCGGAGGCUGAAGGGUGGAGGGGUUCCUGGAUUUGGGGUUUGCUUGUGAAACUCCCCUCCACCCUCCUCUCUCGCACCCACCCACCCCCUCACCCCCUUCUUUUUCUGUCCUUGGAAAAUGGUGUCCAAGCUCACGUCGCUCCAGCAAGAACUCCUUAGCGCCCUGCUGAGCUCCGGGGUCACCAAGGAGGUGCUGGUUCAGGCCUUGGAGGAGUUGCUGCCAUCCCCGAACUUCGGGGUGAAGCUGGAGACGCUGCCCCUGUCCCCUGGCAGCGGGGCCGAGCCCGACACCAAGCCGGUCUUCCAUACUCUCACCAACGGCCACGCCAAGGGCCGCUUGUCCGGCGACGAGGGGUCCGAGGACGGCGACGACUAUGACACACCUCCCAUCCUCAAGGAGCUGCAGGCGCUCAACACCGAGGAGGCGGCGGAGCAGCGGGCGGAGGUGGACCGGAUGCUCAGUGAGGACCCUUGGAGGGCUGCUAAAAUGAUCAAGGGCUACAUGCAGCAACACAACAUCCCCCAGAGGGAGGUGGUUGAUGUCACCGGCCUGAACCAAUCGCACCUCUCCCAGCAUCUCAACAAGGGCACCCCUAUGAAGACCCAGAAGCGUGCCGCCCUGUACACUUGGUACGUCAGAAAGCAACGAGAGAUCCUCCGACAGUUCAGUCAACAGAGCCAGGGGCCUGGGCAGUCCGAUGAUGCCUGCUCUGAGCCCACCAACAAGAAGAUGCGCCGCAACCGGUUCAAAUGGGGGCCCGCGUCCCAGCAAAUCUUGUACCAGGCCUACGAUCGGCAAAAGAACCCCAGCAAGGAAGAGAGAGAGGCCUUAGUGGAGGAAUGCAACAGGGCAGAAUGUUUGCAGCGAGGGGUGUCCCCCUCCAAAGCCCACGGCCUGGGCUCCAACUUGGUCACUGAGGUCCGUGUCUACAACUGGUUUGCAAACCGCAGGAAGGAGGAGGCAUUCCGGCAAAAGCUGGCCAUGGACGCCUAUAGCUCCAACCAGACUCACAGCCUGAACCCUCUGCUCUCCCACGGCUCCCCCCACCACCAGCCCAGCUCCUCUCCUCCAAACAAGCUGUCAGGAGUGCGCUACAGCCAGCAGGGAAACAAUGAGGUCACUUCCUCCUCAACAAUCAGUCACCAUGGCAACAGCGCCAUGGUGACCAGCCAGUCAGUUUUACAGCAAGUCUCCCCAGCCAGCCUGGACCCAGGCCACAAUCUCCUCUCACCUGAUGGUAAAAUGAUCUCAGUCUCAGGAGGAGGUUUGCCCCCAGUCAGCACCUUGACGAAUAUCCACAGCCUCUCCCACCAUAAUCCCCAGCAAUCUCAAAACCUCAUCAUGACACCCCUCUCUGGAGUCAUGGCAAUUGCACAAAGCCUCAACACCUCCCAAGCACAGAGUGUCCCUGUCAUCAACAGUGUGGCCGGCAGCCUGGCAGCCCUGCAGCCCGUCCAGUUCUCCCAGCAGCUGCACAGCCCUCACCAGCAGCCCCUCAUGCAGCAGAGCCCAGGCAGCCACAUGGCCCAGCAGCCCUUCAUGGCAGCUGUGACUCAGCUGCAGAACUCACACAUGUACGCACACAAGCAGGAACCCCCCCAGUAUUCCCACACCUCCCGGUUUCCAUCUGCAAUGGUGGUCACAGAUACCAGCAGCAUCAGUACACUCACCAACAUGUCUUCAAGUAAACAGUGUCCUCUACAAGCCUGGUGAUGCCCACACACCACUUACUUUGUGCGCAGCAACAAGGACCCUGUUUUCCACACCAUCACCCUCUGGGCAGCUGUCAUGGAAAAGCCCAGUGACCUGACAAGCACCUGCGAGAGGUCCCUGCUUACCUGACGGACGUCCUGCUGGCACCUCAGACAAUCCACUCUCAGGAGGCGCAGCCCGAAGCCCAGCUUCCCUUCUAUGCAGUAUUGCCACAAUGCCUCUCCCACGAUGUCAAGGACUCCUGUCUGUCCUGGAGGUGGGAGACAAGGAACCACCGAAGAGGAAGCAAGAAAGCCGUACUGUCUAUGUUGUGAUCCUUCAUCGAACAAACUGAUGCGAAAACUUGAAUCUGUUACUGAAAUGAGGAGAGAAGGACAUGUGCUAUUGAACUGAGCCAAACACACUGUAAAUAUCCACAGACUCCCUCCCCUGCCCCCAUCCCAAAUGAUCUUGAGAUUUCUUUUAAAGAAGUAAAUUUGUCCAAUGGCUGUAAACUAUAAACUACUGUAAUUAAG